AUGUCGUCGCCCGUAACAGAGCUUGAGGCUGGCUUGAAUGCCAUGCAAAAUCUAAAACCACCCGGAGUUACCCAAUCCCGUAUUGUGGCAUUGACCAGCUUGUGUGUCGACAACGUCCAGUCGGAAUCCGUACUCAUCCAGAAGAUCUACACCCACUUCAAGAAAGCCCCCGCAACUCAUAAGUUAGGAGUGCUCUACGUCGUAGAUUCCGUAACUCGCAAAUGGGUUGACCAAGCCAAACAUCAAGGUCAGCCUAUCAAUAGUUCUGCAAAGGAUGGAACAUACGCUGCUGGCGUGCAUAGAGUAACGGAACUGCUUCCUGUGCUUAUGAAUGAUAUCUUUCAGAACGCCCCCGGAGAACAAAAGGAUAAGAUUAAAAAGCUCAUUGACAUCUGGGAGAAAGGCCAGACAUUUCCUCGGCCUAUGAUCGAGUCAUUCAAAGAAAAGAUGAAAUCGUUUGCUGCGAAAGACGAAUCCACCACACCGGUUGGCAGUCCUCCUCCCGGCCCUGGUCUACCUGGUCUGACCGAGAAUAAGCCACAUGCUGUCGAGGCUCCGAACGCAAUCAUGGAGGCCCUCGCCAACAUUGCCCGACAAAAUGUCACAGCUACGCCCACCAACAACAACAACGUUCAGGCUCCAGCUAGCGCGUACAGCGUACCGCCGGCACAGACAAGUGCAGCUCAACCUCCUAUUCUUCCCCUAACCCAAAGCCAGCCUCCUGUUUCUUAUUCAGCACCACCUCAACAACCUGUAAAUCUACCGGGCAUGUACCCGUUCCCUCAACCAGGUCAAGUUCAGACUCAGGCUCAUACCCCUGUGCCCCAGGUGAAUGCUAGUAAUCAAGCCGCGGGCUUUCCAGGUGUAGCUUCUGCUGUCCCUGCAGCACCGACUCCUGGUAUGGACCCCAGUGUCCAGCAGCAGGUUAUGUUGAUCAAGCUUCUCGCCGACCAGGGCGUGCCGUUCGAUAAGAUUCCAGCCAUCAUAGCUAGCAUGCAGAGCAACAGUAUCUCUACACCCCCUGCUGCUAAUCCAGCUGCAGUACCCCCGGUAGGUCAGCCUCCGUAUGCUGGUUUGUGGGGUCAAGGUGGCUUUCGACCUGAAGAAUCACGUGACCACGAAUUUCAGCAAGUGAGAUCUCCAAAUAGAUAUCGCAAUCGUUCGAGGUCGCGUUCACCUCAGCGUCAUUGGGAUGCGCGUGAUUCUCCUCGUGGUCGCUCUGAUCGUGAAUAUGGUAGUUACGGACGUAACUCUCCUGGUCUAGGACGUACCGGAGGCACCGGUUAUCGACAGCGUAGUCCUGGACGCCGAGGUCGUAGUCCAAGCCCUGCACACGGCUUUCCCCAGCCUACGGCUAAAUGGGUUGAGUUUGACAGGACUAUCCCUCAGGGUCACAUCAAAGUCUUGAGUAGAACGUUGUUCGUAGGGGGUGUCACUUGUCCUGAGAGCGAGUUGCGUAGUGUCUUCAACCGCCAUGGCCAAGUACAGACCUGCAUCGUCAACAAAGACAAGCGUCAUGCAUUUGUUAAGAUGGUCACCCGUCGAGAUGCCGUGACUGCUAAGGAGGCUAUGGAGAGCAGCACUUUUAGAACUCGUUGGGGAGUAGGGUUUGGUCCUCGUGACUGUAGCGACUAUCAAACAGGCAUUAGUGUCAUACCCAUCAGCAAAUUGACCGAGGCUGACCGAAAGUGGAUGUUGACUGCUGAAUAUGGUGGAAGUGGUGGUCGUGCUAUCGAGUCAGGCAUGGUAGUUGAGGAGCCAGACAUCGAGAUUGGUGCUGGUGUCUCAUCGAAGGCCAUCAGUCGCCGCAUGCAGACUGACAAGGGCGGAAGACACGGGCCAAAGUCCAGCCGUGGCCCAGGUGACAGCGACGAAGGAGACCUCACCCGAUGGCGACGAAACCGGGACCCGCGACAAGAGGAUGUUCAGAGUGACAUGAAUGGACUUACUACCGGACCGGCUGUCCCGGCGUUCCCUUUCGGUAUCGGAACAGGUCCCAACGGAAUGCCCGUCUUCCCUCCGGGAUUUGCGUUUCCAGCGCCUCCUGCCGACCAAUAG